AUGUCUCAACUCGGAAGUCUCGCCGUUGACGGUGAUCCUCGCCUUCACGAGAAGGAGCGUGAGGUUAUUGAUAACUUCUCUGUGGAUAGCCCGGGCACUGGCGGCACUCGCCCCCAGCACCGCAAGCUGCACGACAACAGUGUCACCUUCGAGGAAUACUACCACUAUGCACAGCUUACCCGCGUUGAGGAAGAGCACUUGACCACACCAGAGAAUGGAGUCCUCUCCAUCAUCUUCCCUUCCAAGAGUGACGGUGGUGUUAAGCAAACAGAAGUUGACGGCAAGGAUGCCGCCGCCCUGAAUACCAGUGAUCCGGCCACUCGCAUGACCAUCACCGAUCAGGAGUGGACCAACGCAUCGCGUGCGCUGCGCACUGCCACCCGCGGUGCAAUUUUUUACCUGAUUACCACUGAUAUUUUGGGUCCAUUCGGACUGCCAUAUGCUUUCGCAACCAUGGGCUGGGGUCCUGGUAUCGCUUUAUACACUGUUUUCGCCUUGCUAGCCGGAUACUCUGGAUAUUUGCUUUGGGAUACUUUCCUUGGUCUUGACUCAUACCAAUUCCCGCUGCGGAGCUUUGGUGAUAUGGGAUUCCGCUUGUACGGCCCUUGGAUGCGCCACCUCUUCAACAUCCUACAGAGCGUUCAACUAUUGCUGAACGUCGGUCUGAUCGUCAUCUCCAACGGAGAAGCUCUGUCCCAAGCCGUCAAGUUCAAGCUUUGCUACAUCAUCUGCUGUUUGGUCUGGGCACUGGUCGGUUUCUUCCUCGGCCAGGUUCGUACCCUGCAGAAGUUUGGAUGGUUGGCCAACGUCGCUGUGUGGCUCAACCUUCUCUGUAUGUUUGUGACCAUGGGUGGUGCUGCUCACUCUCCCCCCAACUAUACCGCUUAUACCCAAUCCGCCGGUAUCUCUAUCGGCAAUGGCUCAUCCGUGACUGAAGUCAACGGCGUUUGGCCCGCUGUCAAGACUACUGCCGGACUUCCCGACCCUGCCGACUUCACUGCCUCGGUCACUGGUGCCAUGCAGGCUGUCUUCGCGUACGGUGGUGCCAUGGUGUUCCCCGAGUUCAUGGCUGAGAUGAAGCGCCCCAAGGACUUCCUGACUGGCAUGUGGGCUGCCCAGGCCUUCAUUUACUUCUGUUACAUGCUCUACGGAUUAUUCAUGUACGCCUAUCAGGGACAGUACUCCAUCAACCCCACCUACCUCGGUAUCAGCGAGUACAGCAUUCAGACCACCGGUAACGUGUUUGCCAUGCUGUCCGGUGUCAUUGCCGCCGGUCUUUACGGAAACAUCGGUGUCAAGGUCAUCUACAACAACAUCUUCGUUGAAUUCUUCCGUUGCCCCCCUCUUACCGCCAAGGCUGGCAAGUUCAUGUGGGUCGCUCUGAUCCCCAUCUACUGGGCCAUCGCCUUUGUCCUGGCGGCCGGUAUUCCUAGCUUCUCGGGCUUGACCUCCGUUGUCGCUGCUUUCUGUAUCCUGCAGUUCACCUACACCUUCCCCCCGAUGCUGGCGACUCUCUUCUGGAUCCACAAGUAUGCUCUGGCUGACGGUGAAGGUUUCAACCCUGCCACGGGCGAGACCGUGCGCCAUGACAAGGGCUUCAAGCGCUUCGCUCGUGGAUUCAAGAACAUGGGAACCAAGCGUAUCAUUUUCAGUUCCUUCAACCUCUUCUACUUCCUUGGCGCGUUGUCCCUUGCUGGCCUUGGCGCCUACUCUGCUAUCACUGGAUUGAUGGCUACUUAUAAGUCGAGCGUCACCACCUCGUUCACCUGCAAGAGUCCCUUGGAUAGUUGA